AUAUAAGAAAGCGAUGGUUGAUUUGUACCUAAAGUGAUAGUUUACACCAUUUAUCCUGUCUCACUUUCUCGUCCAGCAGAAUAUAUAUAUUGAGUUUCUCCUCUCUCAUGGUAUGCUCUCCUGUUUUUCUUAUUCUUUUAGAUUCUGCAUUUCUUUUUUUUAUUUGGGUUGAUUGUCAUUUUCUUGUUUCAUUCUUUUAUUGAAUUAUUUUCUUAGAAGAUUUUGUUGGUUGAAGGCUAGUCUUUCUUCUGUUCUUGGCUAUUGCUUUCUUUUUCUACAUUUGUAUGAUAAUACCUGACUACUGUAGUCAACUUGUUUUGAUAUGUGCACAACUUGCAGAGUUAAUGUUGAUAUGCUCCUUAUACAAAAUGUUUUGGUUCGAAUAAGCCCAUAUGAUUUCGUUUCACAUUGUACUGUGAUUUUUCUUGUGAUUCACUAACUCCCAAUGUUUUUUUUUUGCCAUUUUCCAUGCUCCAAAAUUUUCUUUAAUAAGAUUUGUCUUAUUUCUCAUUCAUAUUGUGAAAGGGUUUAUUUGGGUAUACACCAAAAUAAUCUUAUUGGUUUAUAAGUUCAGUAAAGAGUGUCUUUAAUUUGAGACCUAGAAUCAUUUAUAGUAAAAUGGCAAUUGGAUGUUAAACAUGAAUCUUUAGAAAAUAUUUAAAAAUUUCGUGUUAUUGAACUUAUGAUUUUAAAAUAUAUUAAAAAUGUUUCAAUGAAAAUGUUUCAGUUAGUGAAUAAUAAUAAAAUAUUGUGAUCUAAGAUGUUGUGGUAGAGAUUUUUAGUUAAAAGGAUAAAAAAUGAAUAUUUAAUCUUUUUAGAUGAUAUAUUUAGUGGUGUUAGUAGGAACUGAAUUUUGAAUGAUUUGUAAAAAUUUUAUUCUGUUGUUAUUAGUUUAUUGAUUUUAACAAUCUAGUGUUACUAGUUUGAUGAUUAUUUAAUUACAGAUAAAAUCUACUAUUAUCUAAAAAGUUUGAUCUUUAAUGAUUCAAUUAUGAUGUCACUGGAACUUGAAUUAUAAAAAAUUUAAUUCCUAACAGAAUAUUUUCUUAGAUUUUAUAAAUAUGCAAAACCCUUUGCAGUUCUUUAUAAACUUAACAAAAUUAGAAUCUCUUAGGAUCAAUACUUUAUGUAAGUUAAACUUCCACUAACACCUUUUAAGUGUUUUUAUAUUUAAACGUUUUACAUAUUUAGUCCUUGUUUACAACAUAUUCAACCCUUUUUACGUAUCUAACUUUUUUCUUGUCUCUCUCUCUCUUUGAUAUUUCAUAUUUAACUUUGCUUGCAAAAUUCCCAUGUUCGAUUUUCUAUUCUUUUAUUUAAAAUAAAGGAGAGAGAGAAAGAAAAAAAGACUUUCAUGUUUUCGCGGAAAACAAAAACAAAAAAUCGCCGCUUCAAGUUUCAAAAUAAAUGCUGAAAGUGAGUUGUGUGUCUGUCUAAAUUCAAAACCGCUUUUGUCACCUUCCUCAGAGCAUAACGAUGCUGAAAGUUCCUGAUUCUUCUUCACCCACCGGAGUUCUCGAAGAAUUCUUCAGAACCGAAGAAUUUGAAAGCUCCGAGGCCGCGAAGAACCCUUCCUCUUCUCGUUUCCGCAGAAUCGUUGAGCUUCUAAGAAGCACAUCGAAAAAAUCGCUGGAGAAUCUGAAGAUUCCGUUUCACAACAAUGCCAUUAAGAGCUCUCUGAGGAGAUGCACUAGCUUGAGGGACAAUCUCAGAUUCGGAUCCUCCAACGAUGCUCAUUUUCUUGUACACUCUCCUCGAAGAAUCUUCACUUUCUCUGAGCUCAAGAUUGCUACAAACAAUUUCGCUUUCGAGAAUCUAAUUGGGAAAGGAGGUUAUGCUGAAGUGUACAAGGGGAGGUUGUCAAAUGGACAAAUGGUAGCUAUAAAACGGCUGAUGCGGGGAAAUAGCGAGGAGAUCAUUGGAGACUUUCUAUCAGAGAUGGGCAUAAUGGCACAUGUUAACCAUUCAAACAUUGCCAAGCUUUUGGGCUAUGGUGUCCAAGGUGGAAUGCAUCUUGUUCUUGAGUUAUCACCUCAUGGGAGCUUAGCUUCUAUGCUUUACAGCUCCAAGGAGAAGAUGAAUUGGAGCAUCAGGUACAAGAUUGCAUUGGGAGUUGCAGAGGGUCUCGUCUAUCUUCACAGAGGAUGUCACAGGAGAAUCAUUCACAGAGAUAUUAAGGCCGCAAACAUUCUUCUCACUCAUGAUUUUUCGCCUCAGAUAUGCGAUUUUGGGCUUGCAAAGUGGCUACCUGAACACUGGACGCACCAUAUUGUUUCCAAGUUUGAAGGCACGUUCGGAUAUCUUGCUCCUGAGUACUUAACUCACGGGAUAGUAGACGAGAAGACUGAUGUAUUCGCCUUGGGUGUUCUCUUACUCGAACUUGUUACUGGACGGCGAGCUCUCGACUACUCCAAGCAAAGUCUUGUUCUAUGGGCUAAACCAUUGAUGAAGAAGAACAAAAUUAGAGAGCUGAUCGAUCCAUCUCUGGUGAGUGACUAUGAUUGGAGGCAGAUUAAACUUGUGCUUCUGGCUGCUUCGUUAUCAAUCCAACAGUCAUCAAUAGAGAGGCCUGGGAUGAGUCAGGUCGUUGAGAUCCUCAAAGGCAACCUGAACGACCUCAAGUGCAUCAUGAAAUGCAAAGUUCCCUUUUAUCGGAAAGCUUUCAGGGAUGAACACAUCUCAAGUGCAUCUUGAAAUGCAAAGUUCCCUUUUAUCGGAAAGCUUUCAGGGAUGAACACAUCAAGAGAUAUUCAUAAAAUUAUAUCUUGGAGAGUGGAAAUAGAUAAAAUACAACUAAAGGGGAAAGAAGAAAAAGUUUAAAAGGGGGGGAGAGGAAGGGGGAGUGUACAUCAUUUUGAGGGAUAAAAAAUAAGUAUUAUACAAAUUACUUGUGAAGAAUAAGAUUUAAAUGACAGUGACAUUGUAUAUAUAUUUUCCAUAUAGAUUACUGCAUUAAUGACUAUUAUUGCGUUAUACGUGA